AUGUCGAAGUUACCUGGGGGUGCAGCUGACGAGGCUUUCAGGACCGUCAGUAGCUCCUCGAUUCCUGAAGCGCGCGCUGGCAUCGAUCCCGUGCGACCCGUGCAGCCGGACACCGCUCAAAAUGUUCACGAGAACGUUCCGACGGCCGAUGCGACCCCCGCCCGCGGUGGCUCUGGUUUCGUUGCGCCGGCUCCACCUCCUGCGCACUCCUCCGAUUCAAAAAGUGCACCGCUUGUCCCCGUCCGACCUCCUACAUUGCGAGUCAACAGAUAUGGCAUCGCGCCGUCUGUGUGUCCUCCUUUCGAGGGUAAAGUAGCUGCACAAGACUUGUUCACCUCGAUGGUCAUUACGUCACCCAAUAUGGACUACGUACCGCAAUAUCCCGUCGAGCGCAUCCUCAUCCAGACGUUCUCCGAUGGCCGCUGGGGAGUGCACGAAUACUCCCGGCACCCUCAGAUGCUUCUGCGGGAGAUGAUGCACGUCGCCUGUAUUCCUCGCCAGGACGACGGCGACAUCUCCCGCGCUAUCCUUUGGGCGAACCUGCACCCCACUACCCACUGGAAAGAAGAUCUCGAAACUGGCGUCAAGGGUCUCGGCUACUUGGAUAAGGAUACGAGGAGCGCACUUACCACCGUGGCCGACAUGGUCAGCGCCAAGACGGAGUUCUGCUGCGUCGGCACUGAAGCGACUCGCGCUCACGGCCGCUUGCUCCGCUUGCUUCUCGGGCAGGUAGUCGACAGGAUGACACAGCUACCGUCUCCCCCCGGGAUCGCCAUUGCGGUCGGAGCGCAUGUGCAACGCCUAUGUUUGGAGUUAGAGGGGAUUCUCACCUACCUCAACGUCGUUCAGCCUCGCUUGAACAAUCCUGACGACUUCUCAAAACACGUCCUCCCUGUUCUCGGUUCGUUCGUCCGUGAAGGCACGGACGCACAGACGUGUGUGCGCAUCGGGCUUCCUACGUGGUUCCUCCAGACGUUGACUCACCAAGUUCCGAUAUGGAAGGUCGUCUCCGCAGUCUCCGCCACCCAGACCCUUCCGCCGUCGCAGCCCCCUAUCAUCCAAAAUAACAAGGUCGUCGCUGGAAUUCUGAAUCUCACCGGCAACUGGUUGAGUGUCAUGUCGAUGUCGGUGUCGAAGCAGGUGUGCAGCUCGCGGCUGCCGGAGAUGCCCACGACCGGAGGAGAGUCGCUGGACGUGAGCAAGCGUCCUCGUAGCGACACUCUCGACAUGCGUUCGAAACAUUUGGUGGUGCCCGCCGCAGCAGUCAUGAACUCAGAGGAGCCGCCCAAGAAGAAGAAGAAAGUGCGAGGAGGCAAGCGUGCACGGAAGGGAGCGGGCGCCCCACACGAGGGGAUUGCGAUUUCGAACACGGGCGAGCCUUCGGCGGCUGACGGCGGCACUGGGCAACCUGGAGCCGAAGUCGAUCGGCGAGCGGCGAUUGUCGCUCAUCCGUCACGCUCCCACCCCCUGACGAUCGCAGAGUGGCGUGCAGCGCUCUGGGGCGAUUACGAGGUCCACACGCAUCCGGCCGGCGGUCAGACAGAUGGCGACGUGCGCCGCGCGGAGAAGCGACAGGCGGAGCGGAAUGGAAUCAGCCGCUUGCUUGGCCGCGCCGCCCUCCUCCCCUCGUAUCGUCCGGAUUUCACACCGGAUUUGGCUGGCCUCCCCAUCUCCGCCAUGGAGGCAGCGACGUCGCUCAGCGUUCGCCAUCGGCUUUUAUGGGAGGCCCACGAGAUCAAUUAUCGUUGCGAGCUCAUGGCGCUCGAUACCGCGUUGGUGCAGCGCCCGACGUGGACAGAAAUGAAUCGGUGGGAGAGGGAGGCUCUCGUGUCCAGCGUCUGGGGCUCCCGUUCAUCCGUGGUCAGCGUUAUCCCGCCCGCCGACAUCACCGACGCCCCAUUCUGCUGGACGAGCCCUCCCGAUCCAUCCUGGACCGAGAGUCGGCGGUACCUGACACGUCUUUUGGCAGUAAUGACACGGUGGCCCGAUACGCCUCAGUUCCUGGUCGACGCGGACGUCGAGGAUGAAACCUGCAGUGCGAAUCUGUUCGAAUAUUACCAGCGCGAGGCUGUAGAGUACUACGUACAAUUCAAGAAGCGUAAAGGGAAUAUGAAGCGGGAUAAGAAGGAACUCGCAGUGAAGAAACCUGCCGAGACCGAGGAGGAGUUCGGUGAACGUCUGGACAGUCUGGCAGAGAUAAUGUAUGGUUGGGUUCGUGAUGAACUGCACACCAAAUCCAAGCGCCAGGGUGAACCCGCCGCUGUCGUCCAGAACAUCGCUGUCAUCCCAAUCCCGCCACUUCGUGCGCCUCGCAAACGCAGUGCUUUCGAGAUGUACAUGAAGGAAGCCCCCCGGGACGCCCCCUCCACCGGACGCUAUCCCGUGAAUAAAUUCCGCGAGAGGAACCAAGCGGCGUUCGACGAACUCACGCCGGAGCAAGUGGCCGAGUACGAAAGCAAGGCGGAUGUAUUGAACAAGAAGCUGGCGAGUGAAUGGGCGGCGAAGCAUGCAAGCGAGGACGGGCAACCCACACUGCCCUUAGGUCGGCCGACGCCGUGGCGCAGUGGUUGGACAGCACUUUGGACGCUCUUUACGAGCAACUCAACUGGGGAGGUGCUUUGGUUGUUGGAGGACCAGGCGUGGACGGUGAACCCGUCCAUUACAUGCUUAUGGCUGGAGCAGAGCCGCCAGGGUAUGUCCUGGGCGUCGACGUCACCUGGACGUUGGUCUGACACACCAACAGCGACUGAAUCACAGGUCACGUCGCCGUUCGUCACCGAGGGAGACAGGCUACUACAAGAAUUGCGUGCAGCCAAGAGCUCGGAGUCUAUCUUGCCCCCGCGUGCCGCACGCAAGCGGGCGAAAGCAUUGAGCGAGGCAAGCACAAACGAGGUGCCGCGCCCCGCCGAACCGACCACGCCCUCCCGUAUUUCAACUGCGAAGUCCACGCCGGUGUCGACGCCUCAACGCGACCGACAGGCAUCAAUCGCUAUUCCUCGUGGUUCCUUCACAAUCGUUGAUGUCGAGCAUGACGUUGAUGCACCCUCUGGCGGAGAAGCUGCGCACGGCGUCGGGGGUGACGCCGACCACGCCGCUGCAACAGUCGUCCCGCUUUCCCAAAGUCCGCGCAAGAAGAAGCGCCUUUCAAGGAGGACACGCAAGACCACUGGUCUGAUGCUACCCGUCUCGGAUAUCGCCACCGAGACUCUCGCCGGCUCUCGUGAACCCCGACAGCGGCGAACCAAGAGCCGCCAGGAUAAUGACGACGGAUUGCAGACGCUCACGAGCCGGACUCAACUGCCGACGACGGAGAAGGGAAAGAAGCGGGCGGCUUCGGGGGCCACGAAAGCGGCGAAAAGGGCACGGCGGACUUACCGGAUCUCGAUCCGGAUCGUAGAGAACGAGUUUAUGCGGAAUUUCAUACGUCCCAGUGGAGGCCUUGACGCUGGUCAUGCUCUGCACGUCCUUCGCCGAUGCUUGCCUUGCCAGACCCGCAACCCGCCGUGCGCAUCGUUCUCUGGUUUGCGGCCCCAGAACGAUGUGCCUGCGCGCAUGAAGAUGGAACCUGUCGAUACGAGCAACAACCUGGACGUCUCCAAUAUUGAUUGGAUUAUUGAGGCUUGCGGAGGAGACAGCGCCUUUUGGUGUGAGAUUUGGAGCAUGCAGCAGGCGGGUUGGGAGGUAUACGCCCUAGGCGAUCCCAAGGUGCCUGUGCUGGACUCCCGCGCUGCCAUCCUCAUGCGCGUUGGAGGGGUUGCGCGCUGUCUCAAUUUCGGAGACGAGGUCGAGAUGCUCAAUCGACACUUCAGCAUCGGAUUCCAGAAAUCGCUACAGGGAGACUUCCCCCGCGCAUUCAGCGAGUUCGCCGCGUGGGCUCAGGUCAUCAUCUGGGCCGAGAACGGCGUCAAGCCAGCCAUGUACCAUCUGCCGCUCGAACCUGAUGGUAGUUUUUGUCUGACCUCACAUGCGGCGAUUCGUGCGUUGUGGACGCACCCUUCCGACCCGGAGGGCGAGCUCGUUCUAAACCACAUCGACGUGUGGAUCCCGGAGGAGACGGAGUGGAGAACUCGCCGCAUAGACACUCCGUUUAUGCUGCUUCCGGUGCAUCGCACGCUGUUGAUGAAGAACACGGCGACGUGGUGCACGCUGGACAUGGGCGACGUGCUCGCUCGUUUAGAUGAAGUAGCUCGCGCAGACGGUGCCCCGUGGACGCCGGGAACCCCGAACCUCAAGACCAUUUCGUUCGCUGGAAAACAUCAAAUGACGAGCCGCGACAUAUGUCAGGAGCCCGAGGGUCCUGAAGCGAGCAACACGCGCGCAGCACAAACGUCUGGUAGGGCAUCUCCCUUCAGAGUCCGCCGCAAGGGUCCUAGCAUAAAAGGUCUCUUUUGGCUCCCGCCCACUUCGACACUGACCCUCAUGCGACGCGACGCCCCCCGACGCUACCGACUCUACAAAUACCCUGAUGCGAGGCCCGAGGGCCUCGAUCCCCUCUCCAAGCCGCCACGCUCAGGCUAUACGCCAGAGAUGCGAGCGUUAUGCAAGAAGUAUCGGUACAAAGGGCCCCCGGUACUGCAUCAGUGUCCGGUGUGUAAGUCACCUGUCAAGAAACAGCUGAUGUACGCUCGCGGAUGGGCCGCCGCCGACCAGUACAUUUGUUUAAAAAACUCUGGCAACCAUGACAAGGGAGGAAAGAAGCGUAAGAAGAAACCGCACGCGCACAUCACGCGUCCGGACCAACCGGGGCCUUCGGAUGAGCAGCUUUUGGAGAUCGAGGCGUUGCGAGAGCAGCAGCAUGCCGAUUCGUUGGACCCGGCGGCGCGGGCCAUCUUCGAGCAAGUGGCGGCCGACGAGGCUCUUGCAAGGCGAUUGGCGGCGGCAGACGAAGGGGCUGGGGCGGUGGGACGCAUAGGUGGCACCCCCGUUAGAAAUGACAACAAUAUCUUAGCCGACGAGGCUCUGGCCCGACGACUAGCGGCAGAAGAUGAGAGGCCCGCGGCGGUGGACCGCAUGGAUGACACCCCCUUCAGAAACGCCGCCAAUCGCAACGCGUGCGCUGGACCCUCACCGAAGAAAGGGAAAGGCAAGGCCGCGCCCCCCGCUAAGCGAUCGCGAAGAACCCGCAAUGACAAAGAGGCGCUCCAGGCCCAUGCUCAAGAAGAGAAGCCGUCCGAUGACGAGAGCGCUUCAUCCGAGGAGCAGACCGACGAGUUCACCGACGAAUUCACCGACGAGACGUACACUGACACGUCUGACGACGAGGCGGCUCGUGAUACCGAAAAGGGAGUCCCAUUCGGCCUUGUCCCGUACGUGGACCUUGCCCCGUACGUGGACCCGCCGGUUGAGGCGGGUUGCGCCACGCUACAGGAAGCCAUGUCGGGCCCGGUCCCGUACGUGGAGCUCGAUGAGGACGGGUUACCCGUGCUCGACCCGAACAGCGAGCUCUACGCUAGCGGACAAGACCUGCUGCUCGUGAACGCAGCCCUGGCCGCCUUACGUGCUGAAUCUGGGGUUCCAUCGACCCCUGAUGAAGAUCCGGAGCAAUACGCUGCACGCAAGGCGGCCAAUCUCUGGCCAUGCGAGUUCGAUGAGCUGUUCUUGGUAGAUAAGCUCGGGUUCAAGGAUGUACCUUUGGGAGAGCCCCGCGAAGUCGGCAUACGCUCUCCCAUCACUGCCUUGUUCUUGUGGACGGAGAAUGGGAUGACGCCGACAGUCCUCCGCGUGUCUACCCGCACCGUUGGUAAGCUGUACCUGGAGGACCUAAGUUUCUGCAGGGCGAGCGCGCGCUCCGGGCCGCGUGAAUUCGAGUUCUGGGAACUUGAGUUUGACAGAUGGCAACCCGUUCGAGACGGUUGCAUCGACGUCAACAAAGGCCUGCGCUCGGUCGUUCUCCGGUCGACCAACGCGCAUCAAUGCAUGGACCUGGGGAAGGUCCUGACCGCCAUCUGCACGGUGGGGAUGCCGACCCAGAGGCUAGUCGAUCAGUACGAAUUGGAGGCCUUCCAAGCGGAGAAGCGGAUCCUCAGGCGGGAGCGCGCGGACAAUCGCAUCACCGUGGUGGUGUGGGAACAUGGCGGGUUAGGCCCGUAUGAGGAAACGCUGUACUUGGCUCCGAACCGCCAAUUCCUUCUCUCUCGCGUCCAUGAGCUGAGGAAAUUGGACGCAGCGGUCAAGUUCGAACUCUGGGACCCGGCAACCACGGAAUGGAAGAUAGCGACGAAUUGCACCGGGACGCCUGCGCGCGCGACGCGCGCGACGCGCAUAGGCUCCGCUCUACCGGUGGGCGUGCAGCAACAGCAAAGGCACACUCACAAGGGCGCGCGGGACUUAAGAAGGACGGUUCGGCGCGCGCACGCAGCUCAUGGGUACCCCGACGCGGGAGAUGUCGAAGUGGGCUUCUCUGACUGUUCACUCCGACCAGCAGGCUGGACUGCACAAGUCACUGCGCACGGCCCACGAUGA